AUGCCCUUUGUAUGUCUUCAUACCACACUCAAGGGCUCUCUAUAUGCUUCUCUCACCUUUAGUUGGCGGAAGUUCCCGUCACACAGUGAAUUGAAAUUUGGUAGUAUAAAUACGCUGGUUCUUCAACUUCAACUUCUUCUCAGCUACAACCUACAACCCCUACAGGCUUCGAAAAGCAAGACGCCUCUUACCUCCAAAAUAAGGGAUACAACAGGUAAUUCAUUACCGUCUCUUUACCCAAGCAGGCAGCUCUGUUAUCUGUUUAGCAUGCUGAUAUUUGAAAAGUACCGGCUGCCAGAAGUGUCAGAUACCAUGUCUCAUCUCAAGGAAGAGCCAAAGGAGGAUGCCUGGAUAGAGGUUGAAACUGAGCCUGAGCCACCAGUAACUUUCUUAGAAAGCCCCUAUGCUUCGAAGCCUGCCAUGUUCCGCACCUCGGAUGGCACAAUCUUCUCAGUGCCAGAGGGCUUCAUCUCCAAACUGCCGGCCCUGGCUGAUCUCCACAAGGAAAAUCAAGACGGAGUCACCAACUUGUCAUUUGACAAAGAGGUAGCUCACGUAUUCUUCCACUGCCUCUGCGCUGGGACCUACGAUGUAGGCUGCGGUGAAUAUUACCAUUCUGCUUGGAAUGAUCCUGGAUACUGUAAGGCAGUCUUUGAAUUGAAACUCAGCCUUCGCGUCCAUGCUGUUACGAAAGAGUAUGAGUUCUUCUCCCUAAAAUUUGGUGCUGAGACUCAUAUGAAGGAUCAUUACAAGUGGCUUCCACUUGCCGUCUUUAUGGAUCAUAUCCGAGAGAACCUGGCUUAUUUCAAAGACGAUAUGGACUGGCUUCACAAGCAGGUGCAAAUUGCCCUUGAAGCCACAUUUGAAGGCAACUCUUUUUUCUAUGAGAGCUCCGCCUUUCUUGAAAACAUUGGGCACUCUCCGGAAUUUGACAGGCUUUUGGCCCAGGUCAUGGGGAAAAUGUACAGAUCUAUGCAUACUGAUGAUACUGAAGAAGUUGCAUGGACACUGAGCAAGGAAAAAUGGGGUUGGUGA